AUGUCGAGUCGAAUAAUUCGCGAGACGGGAUAUUUUGGACCAUGGCAAGUGUGCAAAAAACUUCCCUACAAUCGAGAAAAAUGCGGUACGGAAGCCAACACGUUCGAACCCAUAGCGGCCGUGUAUUUUGCUGGAAUCGCUGCCGCGUUCGGCGUGACAUUCCUCGGUCUUUUCUGCAUUUUGAGCGUCGUUCAAAUGGCGAUGGUCACGCAAAAGGACAAAGUCAUGAUAAAAUAUUCGAGAUGCGUCGCCAUAAAACUAGUUUUAGCUAUUUUAUCAACAAUUCUUGCCAUCGUGUCAGCAGGUUUGUUCGCUCUACAAACAGAUGACCGAAAAAACAAUUUUCGUAUAACGCGGGGAGAAUCUUUCUACCUCCAGAUUUUGUUAAUAAUAUUAAAUUUUAUAUUAUUCGUGGCUUCCUUAUACGAUUUUUUAUUUUCCCGAAGAUUGGGAGGUGAUCCGACAAUGGCGACGAGAGAUCCCGGAGGCGAAGCCGCGACAACUUAUAACAAUCCACAUUUUCGAGAGGAUUCAAAUAAAAAUCACGCCGGGAUUCAGGGGAUUCGAGAAAAAGAGGAGGAAAAAAUGAAAACAAUAAAAAAAUACAUAAUGAAAUUUUUUUUUUUAAAAGGGAUUUCAAUGACGGAUGCAAGCGGUAAACCAUACGCGAGAUCUCCGACGUAUAACGGAUCCCUGGCAUCGGUGACGACGAUGACGACGACGACGAGCAACGGGUCGUCGGUCACGAGAUCACCGUUGAGAUCGAGUUUGAAAAAACCCAGGCCGCCGCCGGGAGAUUCAUCCCUCGGGAUACACAAUCCGGGAUUCAGUCAAGGGAGUCCGACGAUGCAAAGAAACGGAAGCGUUAAAAAAGUCAGAAUACAAACUCACAGCACGGCCGUUUAA